AUGCUCAAAGAUACGUCCAGUCCAGCGCAAAAGGACCAAGUGAACUUUGAACCAUAUAGACGACGACUCCCAAAGGAUCAUGCAGUCCCAGAUGACAUCAACGAUCUCAGGAAGGAAUGCUUUGUAUGCUACAAUCGCUUGAAACAGGGCUCCGGAGACAAGGCCUCCAUAGCUUGUACUUGCACAAAGGCCAACUUGGAGAAGACCGAUCCUUCAGAGUUACACGGUUCACAGGCUCCUCCAGAGUUACCUUUGGAUAAAAAAUCACUCUCCCGCAACAAUCUGGAAGAGACAAGCCCCGAUCGUUCAAGAGAGCCAAAGCUACCCAAACCACUCCCCAUGUCAACAUAUGCAUUACCAAAAUUGUGCAAAAUUUGCGAACAGGAAUUAACGUCAGGUGAAACAUGCAUAUGUCGAAUUUGUGUUACCCAGCCAUCGCCGCCGCACUUCGAAGCUAGAAUUGAAAGGUUGAAACGCGGCGUGCCAUACACUGGCGCUGACCUCAACUCGGCGUCCGCCAGUGUUCGAACACCAAGCUCGAGCUUCAUGAACACGAACGCCAUGCAAACAAUAUCUGUGAAGAGCCAGAUGCCCCUCCAGUUUGACAGUAUCACAGGCGUAAUACGUACCGACACAUCCGCAGGCCCCCUCGACGACGACGCUUCGCCAGCUGCUGCAUCAUCGCCGGCGCAUGUACCCUUUGUACACUGCACGCAUAUUAAUUCGGCGGCCGCGGUCCCAGAAUUUCAUCAUAACAGCAGUAACGAUGGUGAAACGCGAUUUAAUUCAACAACGCAUGCAGAACUUGGAGCUUCGGCUAGUUCUGACAUGCCACCCAGCACCUCACCGACUGUGUCUGCUGAUAUUGAUUCUUCUUUCAAAGACAUCCAAACCGCUCGCACUGUUCCUCCGCCCAGAUUGAUACCUAUGAGUAUUCUUUAUCGACGAGCUCAUUCCCAAAAUACAGCAAGGAUAGCCAGCAUUUCCGAUUCCGUUACGACCCCGAGCCCCUUCACAAAGUCUGCCAUAAACAUGGAGGGGAGUAAUGCAUCGAGAGACUUCGUCCCAAUAGCACUAGUAGAUGCAACUGCGAGUUCAAGCAAAUCGACCUAG